AACACGGUGCUCGGCUGCGUCCGCGAGCCCUUUCGGGAAUUAUAUGUUUUUACACAUUUAGUCGUUCUAGAAGGGGUUAUUUCUCUCCAACUUCAGCUACAGUGAUAGCUAAGUUUGGAGAGGAGAGAAGGGAAAUAUUCGUGUUUUUGCGCAGGAAAUAUUUGCAGCGAGGAUUUACUUUUCCUGUUGAACCUGAACAAUACAAAGGAACUAAAAUCCUGACAAAUACAACCGAACAAAUACAAUCGAUAUUCAACGCACAAUGGACAGAACUGCAUCUAAAAAACCUUGCUGUGAAAGAUUUUGCGAAUUCUUCAAGUCUGCGAAAUUCCUCAUUUACCUAGGACAUGCCUUGUCAACAUGGGGGGAUCGGAUGUGGAAUUUUGCUGUGGCUGUGUUUUUGGUGGAGCUGUAUGGCAAUAGUUUACUCCUGACAGCUGUGUAUGGACUGGUGGUUGCGGGGUCUGUCCUCUUACUGGGCGCUAUUAUUGGUGACUGGGUGGACAAAAACCCCAGACUGAAAGUGGCACAGACGUCUUUGGUUGUCCAGAACAGUGCUGUCAUUCUCUGUGGUGUCCUUCUGAUGGCCGUUUUCCAGUUUAAAGAACAGCUUACUAUCAUGUACAGUGGAUGGUUGCUUACAUCAUGCUACAUUUUGGUCAUCACCAUUGCUAACAUCGCUAACUUGGCCAGCACAGCUAUGUCCAUCACCAUCCAGAGGGACUGGGUUGUGGUUGUGGCUGGAGAUGAUCGGAGCAAAUUGGCAGAUAUGAACGCAACUGUAAGAAUAAUCGAUCAGUUAACCAACAUUCUGGCUCCAAUGCUUGUGGGCCAGAUCAUGGCAUUCGGUUCCCAUUUCAUCGGCUGUGGUUUUAUCUCGGGUUGGAAUGUGUUCUCCAUGUGCUUGGAGUACUUCCUGCUUCGGAAAGUUUAUCAGAAGACUCCAGCACUUGCCUUCAAGGCAGGACAGAAGGACGCUGAUGACCAAGAGCUGAAGCAUCUCAACGUACAAAAAGAGAUUGGAAAUAAUGAAAGUCCAGUUGAAGGCUCCCAGCUGAUGAAUGAAUCUGCUGAGGUGAAGAAGAACACCAGUUGCUGCUACCAAAUGACAGAACCCAUCCGCACCUUUAAGGAUGGCUGGGUGGCCUACUACAACCAGUCCAUCUUCUUUGCUGGCAUGUCUCUGUCUUUCCUCUACAUGACCGUUCUGGGCUUCGACUGCAUCACCACAGGCUAUGCGUACACUCAGGGCCUGAACGGCUCCGUGCUCAGUCUCCUCAUGGGAGCUUCAGCUAUAUCUGGAAUCUGUGGAACGGUGGCAUUCACCUGGAUCAGAAAGAAGUGUGGCCUGAUCAGAACCGGCAUCAUCGCUGGAGUCGCCCGAUCUGGGCCAACACUAUGUUGCUGUCUGGGAUGGUUCUUAUGGGUUAUACAUGCUUUAAUUACUUUUGUAAAAGCUCCAAAGCAAAAAUGGGCAUAUUUAUUCUACUUUUACGUAUUUUAUUAGUUUUUCGACUUUAUGGUCAUAGCUAACCUUCAGACUAGGUAUAUAAGUUUUACAAUGUGCUCUACUUUAAGAUAGUAUAGUUUUGUAAUGCUUGUCCCUCAAUGCUUUUUGCAAGCCAUGGUUAAAGUCUCUUUGAUAGUUAUUUGGAGUGUGCUAGUUAUUCAUUCAGGAAUGCUUAUAUAAUGGUUAUAUAUUUAUAUACAUGUAGUCAGUAUUCUGCAUCUCAGCUUCAGUGGUGCUAGAUUGUUAUUAUAACUCUUCUGGAAAGCUAUGCAGACAUAUACGGUUUGUACAUGUAACCAAAGUGGAUUUUUUUCACCAUGUGGAAGUGAGGGAAUUGCAGCCGUUUUCUUAUAUUAAACAUUCUGAAUAUUAUUGGUGUGAGAUUUAGGCCCUGAUACACUCAACCCAUUGCAACUAGAGUUUUUAGCACUAGAUGUGUUUUUGUCCUGUUUGAUUUGAAAGUGAUUUUAGCACAUAAUUCUUUUUGCAAAGAUUGUUACACAAGCACUUUACACGAUUAUACUUUUUCCAUUACAAAAUAAUUAGCGCAACAAGACACUUCAGGUAUUAAGACAUUUGCACAAAAUAGUAGCAGUCCUGCAUUAACACAGGAUUUUGUUUUUUUUUAACAAGAUUUCAUAUCUGCUUCAAAAUCACAACAAAAUCUGGAUUUUAGAACUAGCUAAUAACUCAACCAACCUCUUGAUUUUUACUGCUCUGUAAGUGAUGACACCCCUGUUUUCCCUUCAUUCAAAUCAAAUGCUAAUCUAGACAGCACAAAGUAAACAUUAAAGACCUGCCUAUGAGCCACAAAAGCUACAAUCGUUCAGGUACUAACAUCCUUUUGACAACCACAGCUGGCUUGACAUAUAUAUGAAGUAUUUUGUAAUAGUUGUGUAAUAUUGCUGUUGGACACCAGCGGGAAUCCACCAUAUGCACAGAACAGAGAAGGGAUUAUUGAGUCCAGUGUGGUUGGCUGGUUUGAAGUGCAGCUGGUCACAAACACAGGUGCCAAGUCACUGCCGGUUUACUUCACUUGUUAGGCAAGCAUUUUUAACAUGCCAGGAUUGUUUCAUGAGGCCCUUACGAACAUACUGUCAGUUUUUAAACACUUAAUUGCUUCAGUGCAUACUGUCUUUCUAUGAAUGUGAAGCCUUAUUUACAUCUGUAAAAAAAAAAGUUUUAUAUUCUCGUGUUGACUAGUUUUAUUUGAAUUCAGUUUUGUCCUCCUAUGUAACACCACACAGAAGAUCUUGCCCUUGACACAAUUACAAAAUGAAACACUUGCAAAAAAAAUUGUGCUUAAAACCCAGAUAUACAAGGAAUAUACAACUCAAGACUUGUACCGCAUCUCACUUCAACCGAAAUAAACAGAUUUGUACCCAAA